GCAGUGCAGACAGAGAGAAGCAGUCAGGCAGACCUCUGUGGUGAGGACAUCCAGAAAGAAGUGCAUUCCUGAGGCAGCAAGCCGGACAGAAACGGAGAAGCAGUGACUCCAUCUACAUCCCCAUCUGACUGUCCUCUGCUAGAAUCUCAUGCUUCCUCACAGACGUAAACUCACUGGCAGGCUUCCUCACUCUCCAGCUGAACAGCUGCCUGGUGAGAAGGGAAGGAUUUCCCCAACAGAGUAAGAAGGAGGGAGAGAAUAAAGGCAGACUGGGAGUUUAAAGCUCUAAAGAGUAGGAAGAGGGUCAUGCAGCGGUAAGGUGCUGCAAGCUGAACAGAGCUGAUCUGCUUUGAGGACCAUCUAACCCUUCACACUGACCCAAUUAGUCUAAGAUGGAGCUGAAAGUUUGGGUGGAUGGAGUGGUGCGGGUGGUCUGCGGCCUGUCUGAAGAAACUUCCUGCCAGGAUGUCGUCAUCGCUUUGGCACAAGCCAUUGGUCAGACAGGUCGAUAUGUUCUUAUUCAGCGUUUAAGGGACACCGAAAGACAGCUGUUGGCCACAGAGAAGCCCCUUGAGUCUCUGGCCAAGCUAGGCCAACAUGGAAGUGAGGUUCAGUUCUUCCUGCGGCGUACUGGGCCCAGCAGCAGUGAUGGACCUAGUUCAAAACAAGAAAGACAGUCUCCAGUUUCGCUGCCCAAGCAUCCUGAGCCAGAGCCUUUGAAACGUAACCAACCUAAAAAGGCAUUAACAUUUAACUUGGGGCCAUCUACAUCCCCAAAAACCAAGGUCAGACAGUUUAGGCGGUCUCCAAGGGAUUCCCCAGAACAAAGAGCCUCUCCAUCCUCUUCACCUAGUCCUGUAUCCCCACAUGCACCAUCGCCUUCUCCCUCACCCCCUAUUGGACCUUCUAAGGAGGAGGUGUUUAGAAAAGUUAUUCAACAACAAGAGAGACUGAGAGCCUUAGAGGACCAGUUAGAAGGCCUAGAGAUGGAUUCACAUUCCCGGGAUCGUCCUUACCCCUCUCCAAACCUCUCACCAUUGUCAGACUCUCAUUUGCAAGAAGAGAUUGAUGCUUUGGAGCAAAUAAUGCGAAGGAACCAAGCUCAGCUCACGAAUGAGCAGUACUGGGAGGAAGAACUUCAGGUGGAGGUAGAAAAAGAGCGAGGAAUGAGGAGAAAGCUGGCAGACCUACAUGCCAAGCUGGAUGACUGCGGGCGGCGACUCCAUGACUUCUCCAUUCGCUCCGCCCAGCUGGAGCAAGAGAUCCAGAGGGAGAGCCAAGCCGCGAGCAAAGCCAGCGGGGCCCAGGAGUCACUGGAUGCUUUGAAGGCGGAGCUGCGUAUCCAGGAGAGGCAAGGGGGCGACUUUGAGGAACAGUUGUCAGAGGCUGACAAAGCUCUGGAGAAGGCGGAGUCUCUGCUGCAGGCCAAGCAGAAUGAGCUGGAAGAUCUGAAUAAGGAGCUGAGGCAGUGUAACCUGCAGCAGUUUAUUCAGCAGACAGGCGUCCUGCCGGCUCACAGCCACUCACGCACAGAGCUGCAGGAGCAGCUUGAGCAGCUGGAACUGGCAGCAGGACGCAGUGUAACUCCCGUGGAAUUCCCCCCUCGUCCGACAGCCAAACAGUUUCUAGGACAUCCUCGGAACCUGCAAAACCCUCUUGUGUCCAGUCUCAACCCUGAGGUCCUGACAUCCCGAGAGUCGUCAUGGAGAUAAAACACGGACCACAGGGCCAAGGGAAAGUUGUUCACUUCUUUGUCACCGUCGCAUCUUCUUUAACCCCUUUUUGCUUCCUAACAUUUCCAUUCCAUAUUAAUACACCUUACACUUUCUUUAUAUAAAUACAAAAACAUAUAUUUGCAAAGUUUUGCUACUGUAAGCAUUUCAAAGUAUCUGUACGAAAUGUAAAAUAAUUUAGGAAUCUUUGAGCAAUAGAGAUUAUUACUAUUACUGUGUAUUUAAAUAAUAAAAUGU